AUGGGUUCUCAAGGGAUGCUUGCAAGGAGAGCUUUGCUCACAAACACUCCUGUUAUGGUGCAGAUUCAAGAAUUGAUCAGAGGGGUUAAAGAUUGCAUUUCUCUAGCUCAGGGAGUGGUGUACUGGCAGCCACCGAAGCAGGCUUUAGAAAAAGUGCAACAACUUGUAUGGGAUCCUUCAGUUAGUCGUUAUGGUGCCGACGAAGGGCUUCCUGAACUUAGGGAGGCAUUAACUAGAAAGAUUCGUGAAGAGAAUAAAUUGUACAAGUCCUCAGUGAUGGUCACUGCUGGUGCAAAUCAGGCAUUUGUGAAUGUUGUUCUCGCAUUAUGUGAUGCUGGGGACUCUGUGAUUAUGUUUGCACCAUACUACUUCAAUGCCUACAUGUCCUUCCAAAUGACAGGCGUUACAGACAUUCUUGUUGGGCCUGGAGAUCCUAAGACACUGCAUCCUGAUGCAGACUGGUUAGAAAAGACAUUGCAGGAGACCAAACCUCCUCCAAAACUUGUUACCAUUGUGAAUCCUGGUAACCCAUCCGGAACAUAUAUCCCAGAGUCUCUUCUCAAGAGGAUAUCAGAUAUCUGUAAAAAUGCUGGCUGUUGGCUUGUAAUGGAUAACACAUACGAGUACUUCAUGUAUGAUGGUCUAAAGCAUGUUUGUUUGGAGGAUAAUCAUAUUAUCAACAUCUUCUCCUUUUCAAAAGCUUAUGGGAUGAUGGGAUGGCGAGUUGGCUAUAUUGCUUACCCUUCUGAAGUGAAAGGUUUAUCAGAGCAACUUCUUAAAAUCCAAGACAACAUACCUAUUUGUGCUUCUAUAAUCUCACAGCGGCUGGCUCUUUUCUCAUUGGAAGUAGGACCGGAAUGGGUCACUGAUCAGGUGAAAGAUCUUGUCAAGAACAGAGGAAUUGUGUUAGAAGCGUUAACUCCCUUGGGAGAGGAUGCCGUUAGAGGUGGAGAGGGUGCCAUUUAUCUGUGGGCCAAGCUUCCGGACAAACAUUCCGAUGAUUUUGAAGUCGUUCGCUGGUUAGCAAGGAGACAUGGUAUAGUUGUAAUCCCAGGGUGUUCCAGUGGCUGCGAAGGCUAUCUAAGGAUUUCGUAUGGGGGAUUGCGCGAAGAAGAUUGUCGAGUUGCUUCGGCUAGGCUGAGGAAAGGAUUGGAAGAGCUGGUGAAAGAUGGAAUGGUGCAGUGA